AUGAAACCAAUUUUAUAACUAGAAUACGAAUCUCAAGCUGCAUCCUCCUUCAUCCUAGUAUUCUCGCGAAUUCUUGGAGAAGAAAGGGAAAAUGAAUACAGAGAUGAUCAUGAUGAGGAAGACAGCCCAACCCACAAGGCCAUAAUAAUAAUUAUAGCCCUAUGCAUUGGAUUAGCAGUACUUGGGAUAUCAUCGUGUUUGAUUAGAUAUUUUUAUUUGAGACAUAAAUAAAGAACAAUGGCACAGGUGAGACAACAGUCAGAGGCUGCUUAUUAAUAACAGAAUGUGUAAUUAGAGUCUCUCUGCUUAUAAACCUAGGAACUAGCUUAAUGUCCAAUUUGUUUAAUGCCCAUUCCUACUCUCUUAUAGCUAAUAACUCCUUGUCAUCACUCGUUCCAUAAGGCAUGUCUGGAAUUAUGGCUUCUAAAUGAAAAAAUCUGUCCUUCUUGCAGAACUUCUCUAAAUUUAUGA